UAGAUCACUUUAGAAAAAACUUUGUCACGGUCCACGAGAUAUCAGUGCAGUUAGACGGGGAGUGAACUAAAAGACAAAAAAAUGUUAAUAGAAACUGUAGAAAUGCAUACUGGAGGUGAACCACUUCGAAUAAUAACUUCUGGGUAUCCAGAAAUUAUCGGAGACACUAUCCUGGAGAAGAGACGUUAUGUCCGGGAGCAUUUGGACCAUCUUAGGAGACUCCUUAUGUUUGAGCCUCGGGGACAUUACGACCAAUAUGGAGCUUUGCUUGUCAAACCUGAUCAUCCAGAAGCUGAUAUUGCGGUAAUAUUUAUGCACAACGAGGGUUACAGUACAAUGUGUGGACAUGCUGUCAUUGCGCUUGGAAGAUUCGCUAUUGACUAUGGUUAUAAAAAAAUCCCAGUCGACUCAAAACACCAACCUUCACAUUCAGUAAAUAUACAGUGUCCCUGUGGCCUGGUCAGAACUGAAGUCAAAAUGCAGAAUAGAAAGCCAAUGACUGUUAAAUUCUUAAGCGUCCCUUCAUUUGCUUUUGCAACUGAUAUUACAAUAAACACUUGUAAGUAUGGACCAUUGACUCUUGAUAUUGGCUAUGGUGGGGCAUUUUAUGCAUUAGUGUCUCAAGAUAAACUAGGAGUUGAUGUGGAAACAUCACCGGUUCGAGAUCUGGUAGAUGCUGCUGAUGCCAUAAGUACUUGUGUGAAAGAGCAGGUCAAAAUUUUACACCCAGAGGAAGAAGAUCUCUCUUUUCUGUAUGGCACUAUAAUCACUGAUGGCAAAGACAAUUUCUCUGAUGAACCAACAUCCAAUCUCUGUGUUUUUGCAGACAGACAGGUAGAUAGAUGCCCAACUGGUUCUGGUGUCACAGCUAGGAUUGCGGUACAAUUCGCCAAGAAUUUGAUUCCUUUACGAGCUGAAAGAACAUUCAAAAAUGGCCCUGUGAAGUCAACUUUCACUGGACAAGCAUUUGAGGAGACGACGUGCGGUGAAUUGAAAGCAGUACGCGUACAAGUUUGUGGUGUUGCAUUUUACACCGGCAAGUGCUCAUUUACCUUUGAAGAAGACGAUCCACUGAGGGAUGGUUUUCUAGUGAAGUAAGACGACUUUUUCUUAAAGGUAAUGUGUCCAGCUAAAGCAAGCAACUCUGCGGGGGUUUUCAGAAACAUGAUUUUCAUGUGAUAGCCCCAACCAUUACCAUCGUCCUGUUUAUCUACAGUUUUGACUUUUCAUGUGAGCAGUUUUGCAUCACAAGAAUACUGACCAAUCGCAAGCCGUAAUUUUAAUGGAUGGCUUGAGAAGUUUUGUAUACGCAAUCCUUUUAUAUGGACACAGUACCUUUAUGAUAACUGAUCAAAUCAUUUCGGUUAAUGUCAAGAAAGAACUUAGACUCAAAGGCUUACUCAGAACUGUUUACUUGUAUCUUUUUGUCAUAUCUACCAAGGUUAUGUUGUAUUCUUUAUGAUAUUUUUUAUAAAUCAUAAACCUCUUUAACAUUGAACAUUUAAAUAAAAUUCAUUACUCAUUAAGCCCUGGCAAAACGACUAAACAUUUCACUAAACAAUUCACUCAACUUUUGUUUAGUUAAAAGUUUAGUAAAAAGUUUAGUCGUUUUGCCACCCUGUUCAGUGUUGUUUAGUCGUGUUGAGUGUUGUUUAGCAAAGUUUGAUCCUGGUCAAAAUGUUUUAGCUUUGUUUAGUGUUGUUUAGCAAAUGUUUAGUCGUUUUGCCACCAAUUAAACAUUUGUUUUGAUCGCGCAGGCGCUCUAGCUGUGAAAAUCCAAAGGUUUUCGUCUGUUUUCGUUGGUUUUCUUGUCUCUACGUGACCCAAAAAGCCUUCAUGAGACAUCUGAAUAUCUCGUUGUACGCCACUGUGUCUUCUUCAACAGUCAAAUUUUUUGUCAAUGUGCUAAAAAGUCUUCCCUUUCCCCGUCAUUUCAUCCGAUUCUUAUUUUUAUCCACUGUUUGUGCAUGCAACAAAAUAAACCAAAAGCAAAUUCCUAUGCAAGAUCCCCAACAACCCAACAGCGUCGUAGCUAGCUAGCUGUUCAAAAUAGUUGAGUGAAGUUUAGUGAAAAGUUUAGUCACCUUUUGCCACCCUCGUGAAACUUCGCUCAACUUCACUAAACAAAAGUUGAGUGAAAUGUUUAGCGAAAUGUUCAGUCGUUUUGCCAGGGCUUUAGUAAAGAUACAACCUUAAAAAGGUAGAAAUUGGAAAUUAUCAAAUAUUGUAGUUUUCUUCUCAUUAUUUUUCCAAUUAUUCGAUUUACAGCUCUUUAUUUCAUUUGAUUCAGCAGCA